AUGCAGGGAUUCAACAGAUAUAUCCCGCCCGACUAUGAUCCCAAGAAGAACUCCACGCUCAACAGCCAUCAAGGCAAGAAACAUGCUCUCGGCGCCAGAGCCAAAGAUAUCGACAAGGGCGUGCUCGUGGUCCGGUUCGAGCUCCCCUUCAAUAUCUGGUGCGAAUCAUGCGGGAAUCAUCUAGGAGCUGGUGUUCGAUACAAUGCCCAGAAGAAGAAGGUUGGGAACUACUACUCGACGCCCAUCUUUGCCUUUAGGUGUAAAUGUCACCUCUGCCAGAAUUGGUUUGAGCUGAGGACGGAUCCACAGAACGCGGCUUACAUCGUUCAUGAAGGGGCCAAAAAGAAGGACGAGGACUGGAAUCCAGAAGAGAACGGCGGAUUCGCCACCCACGAUACCGAAGCUCCAUCCGCUGCCGACCCGCCUGCCGACCCCUUCUCCGCCACCGAGAAGACAAUCGACCAGCAAACAUGGGCCAAAACCAAGACCUCACGAAUCACCGAGCUCGCGGACGAGUCCGACAAGCUCUCGUUUGACCCUUACGCGGUCUCCACCUCGCUCCGGCGGAAGUUCAGGGAAGAGAAGAAGGUCAUGCUGGAGAAGCAGGGGCGGGAUGAGGGGCUACGGGAGAAGUAUGGGCUGCACGAGGAGGUGGAUCUGGGGGAAGAGGACGUGGAGGAUGGGCGGGCGAGAUGGGAGGCUGGGCGAGAGAGACGGGGGCUGCCAGUGGAGGAAGAGGCGGAGGGGAGUUUGGCGGGCGCAGCAGGGACACCUGUCGUGUCUGCGCGUAGGCAUGGGAAGGGGCGGGCCAGUGACGCUAGUACCGGCGCGUCCCCGAGUUUGGCGCAGGUACUUCGGAAAUCGACCAAGCGGAAGUACGAUCCCUUUGCAGAUGCGGCGGACGCGUUUUUGGCUUCGGCUAGCGGUACGACCGGUGUGCGUAGAAUCGCCGGAAUGCCAAAGCGGGGAAGGACAGAGGAUCCGGAGAGGACAGGAGCGACGCCGGCAAAAAUGGUGUCGAAGGGGAAAGGGGUCGUACCGAUACUGGGAGUUGUUGGCGGCUUACUGGCGGGAUAUGGGAGCGACUAG